AUGUCGAACGAAGAGAUGCCAGGAUAUACGUUGGAAGAAAGACUUGCUUGGCUUGAAGGCAAGUCGGAACAGUGGGCUAUGCUGGAAGAAAGGAUGCCCAAGCUCGAAGAUAUUGUAAUAAAGCAAGCCGAGCAACUGGAGAGGCUCGCGUCGACGGUGGAUGGGUUGACGGAGCAGCUUAACUUUGUGCAAGGCUUAGCUGAUGAGGCACAAGACAAAUGUGCCACCUUGAUGCGUGCCCAAAGAGGGCUCGGGGAUAGUGGAGGUACUAAAAUAAAACCUCCUAAACCUCGAACCUUUAAUGGCACGAGAGACUCGAAGGAGGUUGAAAACUUCAUCUUCGACAUGGAGCAAUACUUCCGUAUAUGUCGGUUGGAGGAUAAACUGAAGAUUGAUACUGCCACGAUGUACUUAGUGGACGAUGCUAAGCUUUGGUGGCGUACCAAGUACGCCGAUAUUCAAGCUAAGAGAACGUCGGUAGACACUUGGGAGGAUCUAAAGAAAGAGCCGAUGGCUCAAUUUUACCCCGAGAAUACUGAGUUUGUCGCUCGCACCAAGCUUGCAACACUGCAACAUAAGACCACUAUUCGGGAGUAUGUGAAGGAAUAUUCGGCGUGCAUGUUAGAGAUUCAUGACAUGUCAGAGAAGGACCGCCUAUUCAACUUUGUGCGGGGUCUGAAAGAUUGGGCUCAAAGGGAGAUAUGGCACCAGAAAAUUGAUACCUUAUCAGGUGUUAUAGCUGCAGCUGAAAGGUUGAUGAAUUACUCGUCAGACAAAGCACCCAUCCAGAAAAAGGGAAAUAGUGGGUCAACAUCAAGCACCCCAAGGAGCACCAGUGGUAAUUCUCAGGUUAGCUCGAACAGUGUGGGGAAUAGGUUCAGGAAUGGGGGAGAAGACUCGCGAAAGAAUGUCUUCACCGCGUCUACGAACAGAGGUGGGUCCUCGGGGACAUCAUCAUCAUGGAACAAACCCCUCACCUGUAUACUUUGUCGAGGGCCGCACAAAUGGUUUGAGUGCCAGCAUAAGUCAGAAAUAGACAACCUCCAAAAGAAACUCUCCUCCAUGUCCUCUGACCCUCAUAAAGGAGAUAACAAAGAGGAGGACGUGGGAAGCGAAGAAGAACCCUCUAAGUUGGGGGCAGUGUAUUGCAUGUACGCUAUGGGAAAAGAAACAUCGGAAGAUAAGGGUCGGGUUACCAGCCUGAUGUACAUAGAUGUCUGGAUAAACGGGAAGAAGGCUCGGGCGAUGGUUGAUACAGGGGCAACUCAUAAUUUCAUCACGAAGCGCGAGGCAAAUAGGUUAAGGCUGAGAGCCGUGUAUAGUGGUGGUCGCAUGAAGGCUGUGAACUCUGAAGCACAACCGACUUGCGGCGUGGCAAAGAAUGUAAGCACCAGGAUUGGGGAAUGGAAUGGGAGCCUGGACUUCACAGUGGCAACAAUGGAUGAUUUUGAGCUGGUCCUUGGGAUGGAUUUCCUACACACCAGCAAGGCUGUCCCGAUGCCCCACCUAGGGUCCUUACUUGUGACAAGCCACCAACCAUGCCUCCUACGGACAUACGCCCAAGCUGAAAAGGGAAAAGAAUUGAAAGGCCCUCUUCUCUCGGCGAUGCAACUCAAGAAGGGGAUGAGGAGGAACGAGCCCACGUUCCUCGCCACCCUCUCGAUGAAGGACGAGGAGGUCAAAGGCGAUAUCCCGGAAGUCAUAGGAGAGUUGCUCGAGGAAUAUGCAGACAUACUUCCUAAGGAGCUCCCAAAACCUCUUCCUCCUCGAAGGGCCAUAGAUCACAGCAUUGAAUUGAUGGCAGGUGCUAGACCACCUGCGCGAAGCCCCUACCGGAUGGCCCCUCCGGAACUUGCAGAGUUACGUAAACAGUUGGACGGGUUGUUAGAAGCUGGGUUCAUCCGGCCUUCCAGAGCUCCCUAUGGAGCACCGGUCCUUUUCCAGAAGAAGCAAGAUGGGAGUUUGAGACUGUGUAUCGACUAUAGAGCCUUAAACAAGCUGACAGUGAGGAAUCACUAUCCGAUACCGUUGGUAGCAGACUUGUUCGAUCAGCUAGGAGAUGCUGUGUACUUCACGAAGCUUGAUCUAAGGUCCGGCUACCAUCAAGUCCGAAUUGCUCAGGGGGAUGAACCAAAGACAGCUUGCGUCACCAGAUACGGCGCGUUUGAGUGGUUGGUCAUGCCGUUUGGGCUAACAAAUGCGCCCGCAACAUUCUGUACCUUGAUGAAUCAAGUCUUCCACGACUACCUUGAUAAGUUUGUGGUUGUUUACUGA